AUGACAGUUAAAGCUCUGAAGUUCCCAACUAACUGCCGCUCAUCCCUACUGUCGACAUCAAAGAGAAACAACACUCAGAUCCCUGCAUUCGAGAACUCAUCCGCCAGCUUGGAGACAGGGGAGAAGAUCCCGCCGACUUCAAGAGCAGAGAUCCCAGAACUUCCUCUCAUGCUCAGAGAGUGGUCAAAGUUGGAGCUUGUGAAUGGUAUACUGUACCAGAAGAGGAAAGAUAAUGAGGACCUCUCAUAUCUGCGUCCACUGGUCCUGAAAAGUCUCCAAGACGACAUGGGCCGCAUCAAUCGUACCCUCGACCUCAUCCUUUCAUUCAACUCUGUUUCAGAGAAGGUCAAGGCUGAGAUCGAUGCUGUGGUGGGGUCGUCUCGCCUGCCCUCGAUGCAGGACAGAGAUGACAUGCACUUUACAAAUGCAGUGAUCCAUGAGGUGCAGAGGAUGGGUAACAUAAUUCCCCUCAAUGUGGUGCACAUGACCACCAAAGACACCACUCUGGACAAUUACACCAUACCCAAGGGUGUGAUGGUUGUUGGUAACCUAGACUCUGUGCUGCAUGAUACAACAAUGUGGGAAUCUCCUCACACUUUAAACCCUGGACACUUCCUGGAAGAAGAUGGGAAAUUUAGAAGAUGGGGACAUUGGUGAGGUAAGCGUGUGUGUCUGGGUGAAUAGCUGGCUCGAAUAGAGUUCCUGUUCUUCUUGUUCGCUGGCCAAAGUCCACCCACCAUGAGGAAGUGA